AUGGCUCCCAACCCUAAAACACUCCGUUUCCUUCUCAAUCUCACCAUCCUCCUUGCCUUAGCUAGCCAUGCACACUCGGCCGGGCGCAUCAUCCCAGCCCACUCCGAAAACACAGACCCGAAAAAACCUCAGUCGUUCAUCGACACGGACGGUAGCUUUCUCAUUCCGGGAGUCGGCCGCUUCACGUUCCCCGGAGUGGGAACACCACUCAAUCCAUUCACCUACAAUCCAGUCACUGGCACCAGCGGCGGUGUUGCCACCCCCACUGGCUUUGCUAGCACUGGAUCGGGUGGCAGUAAUAUUCCUAGUGGCGAUGAUACGUUCGUCCCGACGGCCCCCGGUGGCGAGGUCCCAAGCGCGGCCGUGUACUGUAGUAGUGUUUGUGUGCUUUCUGCUUGUAGAAUGGUUGAAUUAAUUGAAUAA